GAGGUAGCAUACAAAUGAAUCUCUACAUUAUACCUAAAUAGUAAUUACUUUGGUCUCUAAGAUUAUAAAAUAAAAGGAAUCUCCUUUAGUCAAGAAUUAGUCAAAGUAGGCGACACAAAAUGUGAGUUUGAAAGAUGAUUUUCCUUGGCGUGCCCAAAAUUUCAAUCCACAGUCCCUCUCUUGUCCCAUACAAGCCAUGUUACAAGUCUCCUCUAGAACCAGAAAUAAAUUAUCAAAUUAAAGACUUAAAUGAUAUGUGUUUGACCAUUUUAAGAACUAAAAUGGCAUCUUUAGAAAUUUUAGUCACUAAAAUUUAUUGGUAUUCAUAAAUCUGGUAAUGUAAUUUGUCUCCUUUAAGGCAUUCCAAUCUAAUGUGAAAUCAACAAUCCUUUCACACCUUCCAUACUUUUCUCAUCUCAUAAAUCACCCUUCUUCCUCACUCUUCCUUUUCAAUCACCAUCUUCUCUACCUCUUCUUCUAAAUAACACUUUCAAACAGUUCUUAUGGCCAAACCAACUCAUGCAAAACCAGGUUGUUUUUCUGACUUCUUUCACCUUCUCUUUUGUGCUGAGAAUGGAAACACCUCUCAAAUGCACCCUUAUUCUGACCCCAUUACCAAACCACAUGCAUCAGAACCACUGCAUGCUCAUAAUAAUGAUGCAAUGGUCAAUGCAACUAAACCAGGAGUUGUGGCAAGGCUAAUGGGGCUUGAUUCACUGCCAAGUACCAAAUUCGUAUCAAACACAGACACCCCAGAUUCAGUUCCCAGAAGUAGGUCAGUCAACUUUGUGGAUUACUUGCUCAAGUUCGACACCAGCCAAGCCAACCAUCACCAAGUGAAAACCUCAGCAUCAUUCAGAGAGGUUCCUGCACCGUUUCAGCACAAAAGCAAAAGCCACGAUCUUGUCGUGUUCUACUGGGAUAGUGGGAGUGAAGAUCAUGAAGUUGGAUCCUUUUCGAGGAUUCAAGAAAUGGGGUUGGAAGAAUCUAGACAGAGAAAGAAGCAGGGAAGCAAGAACAAGGAGAUUGUUGGUGUCACAGAGGAGAGGAACCUCACAAAGAGAAGGCAACUUUCCAAGUUCGAGAAUGAGCCUAGGGUGGUUCCUCUUAAGCAUGGUUCGAAGGUUCGAAAUCACAAUGAAGAUAAAGCUUUGGCACCAGUUUCUGCAUGCUCUAGGAGUUGUGGUAAUGGAAGAAAAGAUGGUAGUGGUGGUGGUCCUAGUGGGUUAAGAACAACCUCAACAUUGCCAAAUAAGCAGAAGAAAGUGCCCUCUGAACCAAAACGUUUGAAGAAUACCAGAAAACAACACGAGAUAGAGAGUGAAUGUAGCUCAGAGAAUUUCAGUGCAAUCUCAGUCCUAGGCGACUAUGACUACUCAUUUCUUUAUGGACCUGAUUUUCCAGAUUACAGAAGGCACUUAAAGCCAAAGACAAAGUGGGAAUUUUCAGAACUUUUAUUGGAUGAUGAUGUUGGAGACAGAGCAAGCAAGGACAAAGAAUGUUCCUACCCUGACAUCAACCAGAAAAAAGAGUGUUUAUCAGAAUUAAGGGAGAAGCUUUGCAAGUUUACAGAAAAUGAUUUCAGAGAAUCAGAUUUCACAAGAAAACGCGUGUGUGAGGGUGAAAAUUAUGACGAAAUUUGUUUGGAGUAUGAGCAUAAAAUUUUUGACAUUUUACUACACCAGCUUGUCAAUGAACUUGUGGAACUUUCAUUUUGAGAAUUUUGUUA